AUGGUAGUUUGCAAAUUUUUUCAGCAGGGUUACUGCCGCUACGGGCAAAAUUGCCGAUUUGAACACAUUUAUGGCUCUAAAUACUCAUAUCAUGCUCCAGUAAAUCCACCAGCCCAAACCCCACAAGUGCCAGUGGCGACUGUAGUUACAGAUGAGCAGUUAGUCCACCAAGUGCAAUGUGACAUACAGGCAGCACUCAAGGGUGGCCAAUGGAUACUCUCCUGUUAUGCCCCAUACAAAGAAAAGCCGGGUUUCCCUGGAUUGACAGACCUUUCACCCGAGGAAGCCAGAUUGUUUAUAUAUGAAGCAAAGGCAAAGAAUGCUGUGGACCAAGCAGUGUACUACAUGGACAGCCUGUACAAGGAGACUAGAAACAAAUAUGAACAACUGCUUAACCCAACGCUGAAUACGAUGAAAGUGUUACGGAGUUUGUUCAAGGGUGAGACCGUGUCACAGGCACCGCUGGUACAGACUUCUGCCUUUGGUGCGGCUAACAGCGCCUCUUCAAUAUUCCGGAGUGCCCUAAACAACACACCAAUGACUCAGAACAGUAAUACCGUCUCAAUAUUCAAUCAGAACCCGAACAAGAGCAUAUUCGGCGAUCAGGGCGCGGAUAACGCGGCCGCAAGAUCUAUUUUCGCGCAAGCGAAUAAAUCAUCGUUCGGUACUGCCACACCAAGCGUGUUCCAGACUAACGCAAGUGAGACACCUAAGUCGAUUUUUGCACAGGAGAAUCAGAAGCUAUUUGGUAUCACCCAAGCCGCUUCGAGCAAUCCGUCUAGCAUCUUCGCAAGCGCGUCGCAGAGUAUUUUCGGUCAAUCGAACGAUCCGUUUGGACAGAACGCUUUCGCUGCUACAGGGAGCGUCUUCCAAAAGCCCAGUCAGCAAGAUCCGGGUCAACAGAACGGCUUUGCCGCUGCCAAUAAUAUAUUCCAACAGAACUCAAGUGACACUGGCGAUAAUGUGUACAGUAAACUAGAGGACCUCUCGCAGGAAGACAUAGAAGCGUUCGAAAGUAGCGAUUUUAAGCUUGGCUUUGUACCAGAAUUGCCUCCACCUCUCUCGCUGUGCUCU